GGUUCAAAAGUGAAUUCAUAAAAGACUAGGAACAAUUUAGUCGAGAAGGAUUUAUUGUUUUCGCACGUGUGUCUGGUGGCCACACCGAUUUAGUCGCACGCAUAGUUCCUUUCUUCGUCUCGUCUCCCUCACAUCGGCUUUCGCUUUCUCUCUCAGUGUUUCUCAGGAGUUUGUGAUCUAAGCAUAAAGAUGGAGCUGAGUAGCAUCAAAGAUGCAUUUGAUCGAGUAGCCAAGAAGCAAAAAUUAUCCUCUUCCAAGUCUCAAGAAGUUAUUGACCAGCUCGGGCGUGAAAUUGAGCAGGCAUUGGCUACAAUUCAGUCAUCGCAUGACCCUUCCACACUUGUUGACCAAAAAGCAAUUCUCACAGAACUCAAGUUUAAGCUUAAUGCUGUUGGACCACUUCAACAGUUGGAAGGAUCAAAUAAGGAGUUGAACGUAAGUCUUACCAAGUAUCAAAAACUCCUUGAAAAAAUGUUAAAUCCUGACAUAUCAAAGGCAUACAGAAAUGUGGAAUUUGAUACUCAUAUUAUCAAUCAGAUCAUUGCAAACCACUUUUACCGUCAAGGUUUAUUUGAUCUUGGAGACAGCAUCAUAAAUGAGGCUGGAGAGCCUGAUGCAACUGCACUAAGAUCUCAAUUCUUGGAAAUGCAUCAGAUUAUUGGAGCUAUGAGGGAUAGGAACCUUCAGCCUGCUCUCGCAUGGGUCUCUGCUAAUCGAGAGAAACUUGUUCAGAUUGGUUCUAAUCUCGAGCUUAAGAUUCACACACUGCAGUUUGUAGAGGUCUUGCAAAAUGGAACCCGAGCUGAUGCCUUAAAAUAUGCCCGAACUUAUCUUGCUCCUUUUGCUUCCCUCAACAAGGAUGAGUUCCAAAAGCUUAUGGGUUGCCUCUUGUAUGCAGGAAGGCUAGAGAGCUCCCCUUAUUCUGAGUUGAUAUCCCCAAUUCAUUGGGAGAUGACAACUGAAGAGCUUGCGCGGCAGUUCUGCACUCUAUUGGGGCAAUCCUAUGAGAACCCACUGAGUGUAGCAGUUGCAGCAGGAGUUGAGGGGUUGCCUACACUGUUAAAGCUGGCAAAUGUAAUGGCAGCAAAGAAGCAGGAGUGGCAGGAAAUGAAACAGUUGCCGGUUCCAGUAGAAUUGGGUAAGGAAUUUCAGUUCCAUUCGAUUUUUGUUUGCCCUGUGAGUAGGGAUCAAGGAAGUGAAGAGAAUCCUCCGAUGCUGCUGCCAUGCUUACAUGUCCUUUGCAAGCAAUCAAUCAUGAAGCUAUCAAAAAACAGCAAUCGAACAUUCAAGUGUCCGUAUUGUCCAGCCGAAGCUUCAGUUGCACACUGCAGACAGCUGUAUUUCUGAUCGUGUUUGUGUACUUCUCUUCCAUACCCUUCAUUUGUGUAAUACAGCAUUUACAGCUUUCUGGUUGUAUAUAAAUAUUCUGAAAUAUCUUUUAUAUUUGAUAAGACUAAUGAGUGAAUAAAAAUUGAAAGAACCUGUCUAUAACCAGGAGCUCUGUCU